AUGGCAAUUAAUUAAACAAACGAGCAUGUGGAGAAAGGAUUCAUUUCCCGUUGAAAAGCCAAAAGCGAAAAGCAGAUGAGAUGAGCGAAUCAUCGGCGGUAAGCGAAACGGCGUCGUCGGCGUCUCGAAUCGGAGAGGUAAAGCAAUGGCUGGCUCAGGAAUUCUCCGUAGCCGGGAAAGAAGUACCCGAUUUCGAAUACACCCCUCGUUCCGUGGCAUAUCUACACAACCUUGCCACUCUCUCCCACUCCCACACUCAAUCCUCCAAGAUCCUCGCCGCCGAUUUCCGCCUCAAAGCCUCCGAGUACCGCUCCCAAGCUGCGAGGAUCAGGGAGAUCUUGGAGGGCGUUGGGUUAGCACACGAGAGUUUGCCCUCCAAUGUCGUUUCUUCUGCUCAGGUUUUAGCCAGCGUCGCCAAUUUAUUGAACAUUAGAGACACUGAGCUUAGCAGCUAUCUUGUGGCCAUUGCGGAUAUAUCUUUGAGGAAGACUGGUGUGGAGGAGAAGAGGGCCAAAGCCCAGAAAGAGUCCAAAGUUCUUCUUGAUUAUACUCGAAAGGCUAUUGCCAGGUUGACUUAUUUGAAAAGAACACUCGGCCAAUUAGAAGAUGACGCAGUUCAAUGUGAAGCACAUAUUGAUUACUGGAAGACCAAUUUGGGGGUGAUGGUGGGUAAGGAGAAGCAGUACAAUCAACAGACUGCCAACUAUAAGACUACUCUAACCCGUGUGGGAUAUACCCCAGAGAUUAGCCAUGGGGUGUUGGUUGAAUUGGCUGAACACCGGAAGGAAUUAGAGAAGAAGACAAAGCCUGUUCUUGAUACUUUGCGAAGCUACCAAGACUUGCCUCCGGAUAAAGCUUUGGCUGCUUUAGCAAUUGAGGACAAGAAAAGACAGUAUGCUGCUGCUGAGGAGUAUCUCGAAAACGUGUUGCAUUCAGCUCUUGCCACUUCAGAGUAGUGCAAGGAAACUUGUUAUAUAAUUGACUCUAUGUUGCUGUAUAUUUGUUGGUAAAGAAAUGGUAAGGGUUCUAUUUUGAUUUUUUCAUUGUAGCACAAGUUGUGACCUCAUGAUGCUCACUGUUGUGGACAAAAGUUUCAUGACUUAUCUCGUUUAUUUUGAGUGUCCAGGGCUUCAAGCUUAUGAUUUUCUUACUGCAAGAAUAAUGCGUCAACUUUUGUGUCAUUCCUUAUCAAAAAAUAAAAAAUAAAAAAUAAAAAU